CACCGACCCCCCCCUCCGGCACUGUUGAGCAGCGAGGCGGGGUGCUGUGCGGCGGACACGAUGGCCAACAACUCGUACAGCGGCGUCAAGAACUCCGUCGUGGAGAACAACCAUGGCGGGGACUUCGGGUGCUCGCUCAAAGACCUGCGCUCGCUCAUGGAACUGCGUGGUGCAGAGGGGCUGGGCAAGAUAGGGGAGAGCUACGGGGACGUUCACGGACUCUGCGCCCGCUUGAAAACGUCGCCCGUCGAUGGUCUUAGCGGACAACCUGCAGACAUCGAGAAACGGAAAACUGCGUUUGGGGAGAACCUAAUACCUCCUAAAAAGCCAAAAACCUUCCUUCAGUUAGUAUGGGAAGCAUUACAAGACGUGACGCUCAUCAUUCUGGAGGUGGCGGCCAUAGUUUCAUUAGGCCUCUCUUUCUACCAACCCGAAGACGCUGAUAGAACUAAUUGUGGGCGGGCCGCCGGGGGCAUGGAGGAGGAGGGCGAGGCGGAGGCGGGCUGGAUCGAGGGCGCCGCCAUCCUGCUGUCGGUGGUGUGCGUGGUGCUGGUGACGGCCUUCAACGACUGGAGCAAAGAGAAGCAGUUCCGGGGGCUGCAGAGCCGCAUCGAGCAGGAGCAGAAGUUCACCGUGGUCCGGGGAGGACAGGUCAUCCAGAUCCCCGUGGCGGAGAUCGUGGUCGGGGACGUCGCACAGGUCAAAUACGGAGACCUGCUGCCUGCCGACGGCGUCCUCAUCCAAGGGAACGACCUCAAGAUUGAUGAGAGUUCCCUCACAGGGGAGUCGGAUCACGUCAAGAAAACACAGACGAAAGAUCCCAUGCUGUUGUCGGGCACCCACGUCAUGGAGGGCUCGGGGAAAAUGUUGGUCACGGCCGUGGGCGUGAACUCCCAGACCGGGAUCAUCUUCACCCUGCUGGGAGCCAACGAAGAAGAGGAGGACGAUGAGGAGGAGAAGAAGAAGAAGGAGGAGAAGAAGAAACAGAGGAAAAACAAGAAGCAGGAAGGCGCUGCCGAGAACCGCAAGAAAGCCAAGGCCCAGGAUGGUGCCGCCAUGGAGAUGCAGCCGCUGAACAGCGACGAAGGCGGCGACGCCGAGGAGAAGAAGAAGACCAGCCCUCCGAAGAAGGAGAAGUCGGUCCUGCAGGGCAAGCUGACCAAGCUGGCCGUCCAGAUCGGCAAAGCAGGUCUGGUGAUGUCGGCCAUCACCGUCCUCAUCCUGGUGGCCCUGUUCGCCGUCGACACCUUCUGGGUGCAGAACCUGCCCUGGGUCAAGGACUGCACGCCCAUAUACGUCCAGUUCUUCGUCAAGUUCUUCAUCAUCGGCGUGACGGUGCUGGUGGUGGCCGUGCCAGAGGGCCUACCCCUGGCCGUCACCAUCUCCCUGGCUUACUCCGUCAAGAAAAUGAUGAAGGACAACAACCUGGUGCGGCACCUGGACGCCUGCGAGACCAUGGGCAACGCCACGGCCAUCUGCUCGGACAAGACGGGCACGCUCACCAUGAACCGCAUGACAGUGGUGCAGGCCUUCCUCGCCGACAAGCACUUCCGCAAGGUCCCCGAGCCGGACAAGCUGCCCCCCGCCACCCUGGACAUCCUGGUGCUGGGAAUCGGGGUCAACUGCGCCUACACCACCAACAUCAUGUCCCCGGAGAAGGAGGGCGGGCUCCCGCGGCAGGUGGGCAACAAGACGGAGUGCGCCCUGCUGGGCUUGGCCUCCGACCUGAAGCGCGACUACCAGGCGGUGCGCAACGAGAUCCCAGAGGAGAAGCUGUACAAGGUGUACACCUUCAACUCCGUCCGCAAGUCCAUGAGCACCGUGCUGAAGAACGCCGACGGCAGCUACCGCAUGUUCAGCAAGGGGGCGUCGGAGAUCCUCCUCAAAAAGUGCUGUAAGAUCCUGACGGCCAGCGGCGAGCCCAAGGUGUUCCGGCCGCGGGACCGAGACGACAUGGUGCAGAAGGUGAUCGAGCCCAUGGCGUCGGAGGGCCUGCGCACCAUCUGCAUGGCCUACCGCGACUUCCCCGCCUCGGAGGGCGAGCCCGACUGGGACAACGAGACCGACAUCCUGUCCCGGCUCACCUGCAUCUGCGUGGUGGGCAUCGAGGACCCCGUCAGACCGGAGGUACCGGACGCCAUCAGGAAGUGCCAGCGCGCUGGAAUCACGGUGCGCAUGGUUACCGGCGACAACAUCAACACGGCACGCGCCAUCGCCUCCAAGUGCGGCAUCCUGAACCCCGGAGACGACUUCAUCUGCGUGGAGGGCAAGGAGUUCAACCGCAGGAUCCGCAACGAGAAGGGAGAGGUUGAUCAAGAACGCCUCGACAAGCUAUGGCCCAAACUGCGAGUGCUGGCCCGCUCCUCCCCAACAGACAAACACACACUGGUCAAAGGUAUCAUCGACAGCACCGUCCUGGAGCAGAGGCAGGUGGUCGCGGUGACGGGAGACGGAACCAACGACGGGCCCGCUCUGAAGAAGGCCGACGUGGGCUUUGCCAUGGGCAUCGCUGGCACCGACGUGGCCAAGGAGGCGUCUGACAUCAUCCUGACGGACGACAACUUCUCCAGCAUCGUGAAGGCGGUGAUGUGGGGCCGGAACGUCUACGACAGCAUCUCCAAGUUCCUGCAGUUCCAGCUCACCGUCAACGUGGUGGCCGUCAUCGUGGCCUUCAGCGGCGCCUGCAUCACCCAGGACUCCCCGCUGAAGGCGGUGCAGAUGCUGUGGGUGAACCUGAUCAUGGACACCUUCGCCUCGCUGGCCCUGGCCACGGAGCCCCCCAACGAGGCCCUGCUGCUCAGGAAGCCGUACGGCCGCAACAAGCCGCUCAUCUCCCGCACCAUGAUGAAGAACAUCCUGGGCCAGGGCGUGUACCAGCUCGUCAUCAUCUUCACCCUGCUGUUCUGCGGUGAGAAGAUCUUCAACAUCGACAGCGGCCGUAACGCCCCCCUCCACGCUCCGCCCUCGGAGCACUACACCAUCGUCUUCAACGUCUUCGUCAUGAUGCAGCUCUUCAACGAGAUCAACGCACGCAAGAUCCACGGAGAGAGGAACGUCUUCGACGGCAUCUUCAGGAACCCCAUCUUCUGCUCCAUCGUGUUCGGCACCUUCAUCAUCCAGAUCGUCAUUGUGCAGUUCGGUGGGAAGCCGUUCAGCUGCGUGGCGCUGACCACGGACCAGUGGCUGUGGUGCACCUUCCUGGGCUUCGGCAGUCUGCUGUGGGGACAGGUGAUCGCCACGGUCCCGACCAGCCGGUUGAAGUUCCUGAAGUCGGCCGGCCACGGGACGCAGAAGGAGGAGAUCCCCGACGACGAGCUGGACGACCUGGACGACAACGACGAGAUCGACCACGCGGAGCGAGAGCUGCGCCGCGGGCAGAUCCUCUGGUUCAGGGGCCUCAACCGCAUCCAGACGCAGAUGGACGUAGUGAGCGCCUUCCAGAGCGCCAGCUCCUUUCAGGGGGUGCUCAGGCGCCAGGCGUCCAACUCCAGCCAGCCGCAGCACGAUAUCCGGGUGGUGAAUGCAUUCCGCAGCUCCGUGUCCCUCUAUGAGGGCAUGGAGAAGCCCGACCCGCGCUCCUCCAUCCAUAACUUCAUGAGCCACCCCGAGUUCACCAUCGAGGACUCGGAGACGCACAUCCCCCUGAUCGACGACACCGACGCCGAGGACGACGCGCCCACCAAGCGCAACUCGGCCAGCCCCCGCAACGCCUCGCCCGCCCCGCCCUCGCCCGGCCCCGCCCCCGGGAGCCCCGCGCCCAGCCCCGCCCCCACGCCCCCCCUCCAGGGCCCCGAGCCCCCGCCGGCCACGCCCAACCAGAACAAUAACGCCGUGGAGAGCAACAACCACCUCCACGUCGGCCUGAAGCCGCCGGCCCCCACCGCCUCGCCGCUGGCCAGCCCCGGGAGCCCCCUGCACAGCCUGGAGACCUCCCUCUGAUCCCCCCCCCAGGGAGGGGGCCCUCACAGCCUGGAGGGGGCCCUCACAGCCUGGAGACCUCCCUCUGAUCCCCCCCCAGGGAGGGGGCCCUCACAGCCUGGAGGGGGCCCUCACAGCCUGGAGGGGGCCCUCACAGCCUGGAGGGGGCCCUCACAGCCUGGAGACCUCCCUCUGAUCCCCCCCCCAGGGAGGGGGCCCUCACAGCCUGGAGGGGGCCCUCACAGCCUGGAGACCUCCCUCUGAUCCCCUGGGGCCGGAGGGGCCACACUGCUACUACUACUACUACUACUACUACUACUACUACUACUACUAGUACUACUACGACAAACACACACCCCUGACACCACCUCCCUCAGUCCCUCCACACACACACACACACAUACACAUACACAUACACAUACACAUACACAUACACAUACACACACACACACACACACAGCUCCACGCACACCACCACUUUACCGCCCAGCUCGGGAGGAAGCUCUGACGACCGGACAGAUGCACUAGCAGGGGAAGGGGAGAGGAAACGAGGAGACAAGGAGAGGAGUCAAGGAGGGGCCGCAGGCUCCUCGGGGGGGGCAGGGGGGUCCGGGAUUGGCCCGGCUGGGCUUCGGUGAUGCAUCAGACAUUGGUUCAGAGUGGAGGGUUUUGGUUGGUGUGGAUGCAUUUGUCUUUUGAAACAUUUUUUCUCUCCCCCCCCCCCCACCCCCGGACUCCCCGACCUCACCCCCCCCACCACCCUUCCUCCGUGGUAUAAUUGUCUUUUUCUCGGUGCACGAGAGGUGUGAUUACAAACUCGGAUUGAAAGUGACCUGUUUUUAUUAUUAUUAUUAUUGUUGUUGUUGUUAUUCUUAUUCUUCUUCUUAUUAUUAUUGAUUGAGGAGAAGAAGCUCCUCCUGGCUUGAUGAUCGGCUGUACGAAUUUAAAAGAAUCUCUACGCUUUUAUCUGAAUGAUGUAUAUUUAGCUCUCUGGCCCUCGCUCAUUCAAAGCCUCUGCUCCAUUGGCUGUUAAUAUUCUGAACUAUUUAUGUUUUUUUUUUUUGAUAAAGCAGGUCUGUUUACAAAGUUUGUAGAUACUUUUUUUCUGUUCGUGGGCAAAAAGAGCUUCCUGGCGUACGAUCGAAUUAAAACUGGGGACAGUUUAAAAAAACUAAAAAGAAGAGACACAAAAGAUCGAAUGAGACACUAUUUCAGAUACUGCUGUAUUUUCAGGAAAAAAAGGGUGUUUCUAUGGAAACCUAACUAUUUUUGCCUGCACGUUUUACUUGUUAUAUAUUUGUAGAUAAAUAUAAAACUCUCUAGCCAAACAGAUAAACACUAAGGCUUGUGAAACAGUGGAACAGAGGUCUGCCGCAGGGGAUUUCACAGGAGACAAACCGGACCUCUCUCCACUCACAUUUCUAUGUAAAGUUUCUGAGGAGCUCCGAGUUCUAUUCACUCACUCAUUCAUUCAGUCAUUCAUGGGUUUAUCGAUUGCAUUCAAGGGCUCUGGACACCUUGAUGGUCACGUUUUGAAAGGGUAUGUUCUUAAGAGUUUUUGAAACUGCUGGUUGACCUACACAUUGUCCUUCUCUUGAGUUCUUUCCUCUCCUUUCUUUACAUCAGUCCCUGCCAAUGUACAAUAUUCAUAUUUGUUUACUCAGGCAUAGAAAGGAAUUAAUACAACAGCAACAAAAAAAAUCGACUAAGACGGAAUCUUUUAACUUAACUUUUGUCUUUAGUAGGGAAAUGUUGUCUCUGGUCAAAUCAAAUGGAUUUUUUUCCCUUCAUAUUUCAUUCAAUCUUUAAGAUCUCUCUUUGGAACAACUUUAUGCAUCCCUCUAUCCCAUAUCUAUUUUGUUGACUUUUAAAAAAUAAUCCCUCACCACAAAAAAAUAAACAGUUUGUAUCGUCCAUCUUUGUCCAUAAGACUCCUUCUACCACCACCAUGAAAAUGUUGCUGCAUCUGGGUUGUUUGUAAAAUAUUUUUGACACCUGAUGUACUGGAAACAAACAAAAAAAAAAAGGAUUUGACACGUCAACAUAAACGACACAUACACUGGUAUCUGCACAGGGUACUUUAUUUCAUAGCGUCCCUUGGGGAACAAAUUUUGAUACACACCAGACAAAUUGUACCUUUGUAUUUUUAUGACGACACAGUUGCUAACCUUUCCUCCUACUCGCAGAACGCGAGACUUGACACACAAAAACGCGGGACUGGGGUGGGGGGGGCUUCGGGCUCUUGAGAAUUAAAACAAAUGGGUGUAAAUUGGUGUGAUAGGAAUAUUCUUCUCAGGGUGCACACGUUUUGAAAGAGAACCGGCUUCUAUAGAAGAGUUUGCGGUCAAAAUUGUAAUGCAUUGUGAAACCGAUUGGGGGAAUUCCUUGGCCGGCACGGUGACUGCAUAGCAUCGCUCCUGGUAUGAACCUGGAGGACGGCGGCACAAGGGAAAUGUUAACCACAAUAAUACAUAACGUUAUUUUCUGGAAAUUUUUUCUUUUUUUUUGUCAUGUUUUACAGAUGAAAUAAAGCAGCUUGAUAUGGCGUACAAACUGAAGGAUGAGAAAAAAGCAGUAUCCAUACAAAGGAGUUUGUUCCGUAGCUUCUUCCUGUAACGGGAAUGAAUGUUUAUCCAUCUGUUUUCUGGAUUUUUUUUUUAACAUUUGGAAAAUAAAGUA